AUCACUUCGGAGACACAAAUGCCUAAUAACAGCAACUGCUCGGAAAUCAGCUCUGCCGUGUACGUGAGUGGGUACUCAAUCAUCGCCGUGCUGGGUCUAAUCAUCAACUGCUUUGCCAUGUAUUUCCUCUGCCACCUCCCGCAACAACGUUCACCCACCACUGUCUACAUGAAGAACCUGGCCUUUGCUGACCUGUUAUUGGUGUUCACUCUGCCUCUACGCAUCUAUGGUCAUGCCCUUCCAAACCCAUCAAAUACAGAAAUUUUUUCAGUGUGUGGAAUUGCCGGUGCUAUUCUUCUUCUCAACAUGUACGGAAGUAUCUUCUUAUUGACCUGCAUUAGCUUGGAUAGGUGUUUGGCCAUUUGUUAUCCCCUUCGUUCCCGACGUCUUCGUCAAGGUGCAUGUUGGAUUUGUGCCGGUGUAUGGAUAUAUAAUGUGGUUGCUUGCUCCAUUAUUUUAUUUAUGAGUAAUAAUAAAAACAACAUAAAUAAUAGUAACAUCAGUAACUGCCUUAAUGGGAAACCCCCCUAUGUUACUAGGAAAGUCGCCACCAUACCGUCUCUUACGAUUGGUUUCUUCUUUCCGGCUCUAAUCAUUACGUUUAGCUCGGUGGCCUUGUUGAAGGCAAUGAAACGUAGUCAGGUGGUUCAAGAAGGAAUGAUUAAUAAGGUGAAAAUUGUUCGUAUGUUGACUGCCAACAUAUUAAUAUUCCUGCUAUGCUUCCUCCCCUAUCACACCGUCCUACUCCUCUAUCAGUUUGAAACUGAAACUUGCUACCUGGACAAAGCCUAUGGCAUCACUCUACUGGUAGCCUGCAUUAAUACGAUUCUUGACCCAUUCUUAUAUUACUUUACAUCCGAGACUAUGAAAAAUGUUGUGAAAGAAGAGAUUAAGGUCGGGAAAGCCAGAUUCCUUGAGCUGUCGGAGCUUUCGGUUGAGAAACAUAAAACAAAUGACAGCAUUGGUACAAGACUGAAAUAA